CAGCCCCGCGCCAUGGAGCCCGAGUGAGGAGCGAGUCGGGGAGCGAGGCAGCGCGCGGCGCCGUCGGGCCGGAGCGGGCCAUGGAGCGGCUGCUGCUCGCGCUCUGCUGCAGCCUGGCGCCCGCCGCGGCCUCGCCUCUGCUGCUCUUCGCCAACCGCCGGGACGUGCGGCUGGUGGACGCUGGCGGCGGGAAGCUGGAAUCGAGCGUGGUGGUCAGCGGCUUGGAGGACGCGGCGGCUGUGGACUUCCAGUUCUCGCAGGGCGCUGUGUACUGGACCGACGUGAGCGAGGAGGCCAUCAAGCAGACCUUCCUGAACCGCUCGGGCGCAGCGCUGCAGACCGUGGUGGUCUCCGGCCUGGUGUCGCCCGACGGGCUAGCCUGCGACUGGGUGGGGAAGAAGCUCUACUGGACCGACUCGGAGACCAAUCGCAUCGAGGUGGCCAACCUGGACGGCUCGUCCCGCAAGGUGCUCUUCUGGCAGGACCUGGACCAGCCUCGCGCCAUCGCCCUGGACCCAGCCCAUGGGUACAUGUACUGGACCGACUGGGGUGAGGCGCCCCGCAUCGAGCGAGCAGGCAUGGACGGCAGCUCCCGCAAGGUCAUCGUGGAUGAGGAGAUCUACUGGCCCAACGGGCUGGCCAUCGACCUGGAGGAGCAGAAGCUCUACUGGGCCGACGCCAAGCUCCACUUCAUACACCGGGCCAACCUGGAUGGCACCUUCCGGCAGAAGGUGGUGGAGGGCAGCCGGAUGCACCCCUUCGCCCUGACGCUGUCCGGGGACACGCUGUACUGGACCGACUGGCAGACUCGCUCCAUCCACGCCUGCAACAAGCGCAGCGGUGACAAGCGGCAGGAGCUGCUGGGGGCCCUCUACUCUCCCAUGGACAUCCAAGUGCUCAGCCCCGAGCGGCAGCCGCACUUCCACACUCGCUGCGAGGAGGACAACGGCGGCUGCUCGCACCUGUGCCUGCUGUCCCCGAAGGCCCCGUCCUACACCUGCGCCUGUCCCACCGGCGUGCGGCUGCAGGAGGACAGCAAGACAUGCAAGGCAGGCGCCGAGGAGGUACUGCUGCUGGCCCGGCGCACGGACCUGCGACAGAUCUCGCUGGACACGCCGGACUUCACGGACAUCGUCCUGCAGGUGGCCGACAUCCACCACGCCAUCGCCAUCGACUACGACCCGCUCGAGGGCCACGUGUACUGGACGGAUGAUGAGGUGCGUGCCAUCCGCCGGGCACGUCUGGACGGCUCCGGGGCGCAGACACUGGUCAGCUCCGAGGUCAGCGACCCCGACGGCAUCGCGGUGGACUGGGUGGCCCGCAACCUCUACUGGACCGACACGGGCACCGACCGUAUCGAGGUCACGCGCCUCAACGGCACCUCCCGCAAGAUCCUGGUGUCCGAGGACCUGGACGAGCCUCGGGCCAUCGUGGUGCACCCUGUGAGGGGCCUCAUGUACUGGACCGACUGGGGGGAGCACCCCAAGAUUGAGUGUGCCAGCCUGGAUGGGCAAGACCGGCGUGUGCUGGUGAAUACAUCUCUGGGCUGGCCCAACGGCCUGGCCCUGGACCUGCAGGAGGGCAAGCUGUACUGGGGGGACGCCAAGACUGACAAGAUUGAGGUGAUUGAUGUGGACGGGACAAAGAGGCGGACGCUCCUGGAGGACAAGCUGCCCCACAUCUUCGGCUUCACGCUGCUCGGGGACUUCAUCUACUGGACCGACUGGCAGCGGCGCAGCAUCGAGCGGGUGCACAAGGUCAAGGCCAGCCGGGACGUCAUCGUGGACCAGCUGCCCGACCUCAUGGGGCUCAAGGCCGUGAAUGUGGCCAAGGUGGCUGGGACCAACCCGUGCGCGGACCAGAAUGGCGGCUGCUCCCAUCUCUGCUUCUUCACGCCCCAUGCCACGCGAUGCGGCUGCCCCAUGGGCCUGGAACUGCUGGGGGACCUGCGGACGUGCGUGGUGCCCGAGGCCUUCCUGGUGUUCAGCAGCCGUGCGGCCGUGCACCGCAUCUCCCUGGAGACCAGCCACAACGACGCCGCCAUCCCGCUCACGGGCGUCAAGGAGGCCUCGGCGCUCGACUUCGAUGUGGCCGACAACCGCAUCUACUGGACGGACGUGGGCCUGAAGACCAUCAGCCGAGCCUUCCUGAAUGGCAGCUCCGUGGAGCACGUGGUACAGUUUGGCCUCGACUACCCCGAGGGCAUGGCCGUGGACUGGCUGGGCAAAAACCUGUACUGGGCCGACACCGGGACCAACAGGAUCGAGGUGGCCCGGCUGGACGGGCAGUUCCGGCAGGUCCUCGUGUGGAAGGACUUGGACAACCCGCGGUCACUCGCCCUGGACCCCACGAGAGGCUACCUCUACUGGACCGAGUGGGGCGGGAAGCCUCGAAUCGUGCGGGCUGGCAUGGAUGGCAGUGGUGCUGUGAUGCUGGUGGACAAGGUCGGCCGUGCCAAUGACCUGACCAUCGACUACGCUGACCAGCGUCUCUACUGGACCGACCUGGACACCAACAUGAUCGAGUCAUCGGAUAUGCUGGGCCAGGACCGGGUGGUGAUCGCCGAUGACCUCCCGCACCCAUUCGGCCUGACCCAGUACAGCGACUACAUCUACUGGACCGACUGGAACCUCCACAGCAUAGAGCGGGCCGACAAGCGCAGUGGGCGGAACCGCACCCUCAUCCAGGGCCACCUGGACUUCGUGAUGGACAUCCUGGUCUUCCACUCGUCCCGCCAGGACGGUGCCAACGACUGUGCGCAGGCCAACGGGCAGUGUGGGCAACUGUGCCUAGCUGUGCCCGGCGGCCACCGCUGCAGCUGUGCCUCGCACUAUACCCUGGAUCCCAGCAGCCGCAACUGCAGUCCACCCACCACCUUCCUGCUAUUCAGCCAGAAAGGUGCCAUCAGCCGCAUGAUCCCUGAUGACCAGCAGAACCCGGACCUGGUCCUGCCCAUCCACGGGCUACGGAAUGUCCGGGCCAUGGACUACGACCCCCUGGACAGAUUCAUCUACUGGGUGGAUGGGCGACAGAACAUCAAGCAGGCCAAGGACGACGGUUCCCAGCUGACCCUCCUGACCACCCCAGGCCCCAACCAGAACCCUGAGCGGCAGCCCCAUGACCUUAGCCUGGACAUUUUCGGCCGCGCGCUCUUCUGGACGUGCGAAGCCACCAACACCAUCAACGUGCACCGGCUGAAUGGGGCGGCACUGGGCGUGGUGCUGCGCGGAGACCGGGACAAGCCUCGCGCCAUCGCCGUCAACGCAGAGCGGGGGUACCUGUACUUCACCAACAUGCAGGAGCGCGCGGCCCGGAUCGAGCGGGCGGCCCUGGACGGCACAGAACGCGAGGUUCUCUUCAGCUCCGGCCUCAUCCGACCCGUGGCACUUGUGGUGGACAACGCGCUCGGCAAACUCUUCUGGGUGGACGCAGACCUGAAGCGCAUCGAGAGCUGCGACCUGUCGGGGGCCAACCGGCUGACCCUGGAAGACGAGAGCAUCGUGCAGCCUGUGGGCCUGGCCGUGCUGGGCCCGCACCUCUACUGGGCCGACCGGCAGCAGCAGCUGAUCGAGCGCGUGGACAAGGCCACGGGUGACCGGCGGACGCGGGUGCAGGGCCGAGUGCCCCAUCUCACGGGCAUCCUGGCAGUGGAGGAUCGCAGCCGACAGGAGACCUUCACCCACCCAUGCGCCCGGGACAACGGCGGCUGCUCCCACAUCUGUAUCGCCAAGGGCGACGGCACCCCUCGCUGCUCCUGCCCCGUGCACCUCGUUCUCCUGCAGAACCUGCUCACCUGUGGCGAGCCUCCCACCUGCUCCCCCGACCAGUUCGCCUGUGCCACGGGGGAGAUCGACUGCAUCCCUGGGGCCUGGCGCUGCGACGGCUUCCCCGAGUGUGACGACCAGAGCGAUGAGGAAGGCUGUCCUGUGUGCUCGGCAGCCCAGUUCCCCUGCGCCCGUGGCCAGUGCGUGGACCUGCGGCUGCGCUGCGAUGGGGAGGCUGACUGCCAGGACCGCUCGGAUGAGGCGGACUGCGACGUCAGCUGCCUGCCCAACCAGUUCCGGUGUGCCAGCGGCCAGUGCGUGCUCAUCAAACAGCAGUGUGACUCCUUCCCCGACUGCAUGGACGGCUCCGACGAGCUCAUGUGUGAAAUCACCAAGCCUCCACCUGAUGACAGCCCCAUGCACAGCAGCGCCAUCGGGCCUGUCAUCGGCAUCAUCCUCUCCCUCUUCGUCAUGGGGGCCGUCUACUUCGUCUGCCAGCGUGUGGCGUGCCAGCGCUAUUCGGGGGCUACAGGGCCCUACCCCCACGAGUACGUCAGUGCCGCCCCCCACGUGCCGCUCAAUUUCAUAGCCCCUGGCGGCGCACAGCACGGCCCCUUCACAGGCAUCUCCUGUGGCAAGUCCAUGAUGAGCUCUGUGAGCCUGAUGGGCCGGGGUGCGGCGCCCCUCUACGACCGGAACCACGUCACGGGCGCCUCUUCCAGCAGCUCCUCCAGCACCAAGGCCACGCUGUACCCGCCGGUCCUGAACCCUCCGCCGUCCCCUGCCACCGACCCCUCUUUAUAUAACGUUGACUUGCUCUACCCCCAAAACAUUCCUGCACCUGCCAGACCAUACAGACCCUACAUCCUGCGGGGUGUGGCCCCUCCGACGACGCCCUGCAGCACGGAUGUGUGUGACAGCGACCACAGCAUCAGCCGCUGGAAGGCCAGCAAGUACUACCUGGACUUGAACUCGGACUCGGACCCGUACCCGCCGCCGCCCACGCCCCACAGCCAGUACCUGUCGGCCGAGGACAGCUGCCCCCCGUCCCCUGCCACCGAGCGCAGCCACUUCUGCCUCAUCCCACCGCCACCGUCCCCCUGCACUGACUCGUCCUGACGUCGGCACCCGCCUCUGCGCCCCUGUACAUAGUUUUAAAUAUGAAAAGAAAAAAAUAUAUUUUAUGAUUUAAAAAGACAAGGCAAGACAGAGUUGGGGCUUUAAAGGACACGCGGGGACACUGGGAGGAGGAGGAGGAGGAAGUAUUUAUAAAGCUCGUGUUUUGUAAACGUCA